AUGCCCUCUUCAUUUAUUGGUGGUCCAACAGACAUGCGAAAAAGAUAUAUGGAAGCAACGACUUUAGUAAAACUUUAUGGAAAACCAGACAUUUUCUUAACAAUGACUUGCAAUCCAAAUUGGCCAGAAAUUACAAAUGAACUAUUCCAACAUGAAGAACCUCAAAAUAGACCUGAUUUGGUUGCCCGAGUUUUCCAUUCGAAAUUAGAAGAAUUGAAAGACCAAUUGUUUAAGAAGAAAAUAUUUGGUCAAGUCUCAGCGUAUGUCUAUGUCAUAGAGCACCAAAAAAGAGGUCUUCCACAUGCACACUUUUUAAUUAUCUUACAAAGGGAUUGGAAAUUAUAUACACCGGAAUCUUUCGAUGAAAUUGUUUCAACAGAUAUACCAGAUAAAAAUACAAACAUACAUUUACAUAAUGCGGUAGUGAAGCAUAUGAUGCAUGGACCAUGUGGAUUCUUGAACCCAUCCAAUGUUUUCAUGAAAAGAAAUGGUUGUUGCAAAAGUAAUUAUCCAAAGAAAUAUGCACCAAAUACAAAUGUAGAAAGCGAUUGCUUCCCCUUUUAUAAGCGUUCAGACAAUGGGGUAAACGUGAGAGUAAGAGGAAAGAAUUUAGACAAUCGUUCGGUCGUUCCAUAUAAUCCAUAUCUACUUGCAACAUUUGAUUGUCACAUUAAUGUUGAGAUUUUCUCAACAAUAAAAGCAGUCAAAUGUCUUUACAAGUACAUUGACAAAGGUCAUGAUCAUGUUGCUUUCAACUUGAUUUCUGAACAAAAUAAUCAUCAAGUUGAUGAAAUCCAAGAAUUCUAA